GUACAACGUCUCCAAAGCAUUGCACAAUAGCUCGCCUCAGUCGACUCUCGCGCUAUGUCUGCUGCUCCAAGAUGGGUCGAAGCGAUCAACAAGGCUCUCAGCCACCCCGAUAACAAGGGGAAAGUCAUUUACCAGGUCGCGACUGUCGACGCGCGCAAUGUACCCCACGUCCGUUCCCAGGUGCACCGGGCCUUUAUGAACCCAGAGGGUCGCCCAGAUUUUCCAGUCCUGGUCACCUCAACGGACGCGCGCAGCCCCAAAGUCGCGCAGGUCCGCGCGAAUCAGCGCGUCGAGCUCGCAUGGUGGAUGGAGGGCUCACAGGACCAAUUUCGUCUCUCCGGCUUCGUGCGCAUCUUCCCUUCGGCAUCCGCACCCGGGGACACAUCUCCUACGCCCGUCCCCUCUGGAGCGAUCGCAUUCAAGACGCUCGAGGACCAGGGCUUCGACUGGGACGCAAAGCGCAUCGAGCUGUACAACACGAUGAGCCCGGGCAUGCGCGCGAGCUGGUGUUCCCCUCAUCCUCCGGGUUCGCCGCUCGCGAGCACCGACGAGCAGAAAUCAUGGCCCAGCAAGGUCCCCUCGGAGCCCGAGAGCGAAGAGGACCAGAAGAACGCGGCGACAGCACUGAGCAACUUCGCGCUCAUGCUCUUCGAGCCGAUAGAGGUGGACUGGGCGGCGCUGGGGGUACUGCCGAACCGCCGCACCAUCUUCACCAGGGACGGUGAUAAGUGGAAAGAGCAGUCUGUGGUUCCUUAGGUCGUCUAAGUGAGUCUGGCUUUGAUUUGGUAAGGACGUAUGGCGGCUGUAUGUCUAGGGAGCAGAAGUGGAUGUACACUACCCCGUGUGUUGUAUCGAGU